AUGAGUUUCCCGAACUUCGAAGGCGGAGCGCAGCCUCCUCAGCAGGACGGCCAAGAGCAAGGUGGAUUUGGCGGAGCACCCGGCGCACCACAGCAGCCUCCUCCAAUGGGCCAGCAGAUGGAUCCAAACCAACAACAAGGCCAGUUUCCUGGCGGGCCGCAAGGCCAAGUGCAAGGACCUCCAGGCUCAGCACAGGGCGGCGAUCAGAAGACCACACUUUGGAUGGGUGAACUCGAACCUUGGAUCGAUGAGAACUUCGUUAGGAGUGUGUGGUUUGGCAUGGGUUACCAGGUUAACGUGAAGAUGAUUCGCGACAAGUUCUCGGGAAGCAAUGCUGGCUAUUGUUUCGUCGACUUUGAGAACCCCGAAGCCGCAACUCGUGCCCUCCAACUCAACGGACAAGUCAUUCCCAACUCAAACCGCCAAUUCAAGCUGAACUGGGCAUCUGGAGGUGGCUUAGCAGAUCGAAGCCGCGAUGACCGUGGACCGGAAUACUCCAUCUUCGUCGGCGACCUUGGCCCAGAAGUCAACGAAUACGUCCUCAUGUCGCUCUUCCAGGGCAAGUACACCUCCUGCAAGUCCGCCAAGAUCAUGUCAGACCCAAUCAGUGGCAUGUCUCGCGGCUACGGCUUCGUGCGCUUUGCCGACGAGGGUGAUCAGCAGAAGGCUCUUCACGAGAUGCAAGGUGUGUACUGCGGUAAUAGACCUAUGCGCAUUAGCACCGCGACUCCCAAGAACAAGAGCGGCGGCGGAGGCCCAGGAGGCAUGCCAGGCAUGCAAGGUGGCAUGGGCCCGGGUGCACCUGGUGGCGUUUACGCGAUGGGAGCUCCUCCCAUGGGCUACUACGGCGCACCUCAACCCAUGAACCAGUUCACGGACCCAAACAACACCACUGUCUUCGUCGGUGGCCUGUCUGGAUACGUCACCGAGGACGAACUCCGAUCUUUCUUCCAGGGCUUCGGCGAGAUUACUUACGUCAAGAUUCCGCCUGGUAAGGGAUGCGGUUUCGUGCAGUUUGUGCAGCGCCACGCUGCUGAAAUGGCCAUCAACCAGAUGCAGGGCUACCCCAUCGGCAACUCCAGGGUUCGUCUCAGCUGGGGCCGCAGUCAAAACAACUCAGGGCCUGCUGGCACACCAUACCGCCCUGCGCCUCCUCCUCCGGUCUACCCAUCGAUGGGAAUGCCACCGCAGCAUCCCUUUGGGAACUAUGCACCACAUCAAAACUAA